AUGGAUGAGGCUGAUGGUGAUCCAAUGAUCAGACCUUUUUCACAAUUGCAUGUGACUAUGAUGUUCUAUAGAGCUGGAGAGGAAUUGAGGGGGAAAUAUAUUGAUCACUUAUCUUUAUCUUGCGGGAAGAAGGUCUUAGCUCUAGGUCCUCUACAUGAACCAGAAGAUGAUACCAAGGAGGAGGAGAAUAACUCCAAUAUCAUCAAGUUUCUGAACACUAAAGAUCAAUCAUCAGUGGUUUAUGUUUCUUUUGGGAGCGAAUACUUCUUGUCCAGGAAGAAAGGGAAGAAAUGGCAUAUGGCCUUACCAGAAGGAUUUCUCGAGAGGGUGAAAGAGAGAGGUUUGGUGGUGAAUGGAUGGGCACCACAGGCUAAAAUUCUUAAGCAUCCAAGCACGGGUGGUAUUGCGAGUCAUUGCGGGUGGGGCUCUGUGAUCGAAAGCAUACAUUAUGGGGUUCCGUUGUUAGCCUUGCCCAUGCUUUAUGAUCAGUUUAUUCAUGCUAGACUUGUGGUAGAGGUUGGUGUUGGCAUUGAGAUUCUCAAGGACGAAGAUGGGCAGAUAAAGAGGGAAGGGGUUGCUAAAGUCAUAAAUAAGGUGGUUGUAGAAAAGAAAGAGGUAAAAUUAUUGAAACAAAAAGCCAGAGAAUUCCAAUAA